GACAUUUCUUUGUCCACUUCUUUUUCAACGUGAAUUAGGAGGUUAAGGAGGUGCGUAGCUCAUUGCGAUUGAAAAAUAUUUCAAUUCUACCUUUUCGUGGGUUAAAUUUUACGAGUUUUUUUUGCGGGAAAAGGUGAGAAAAUUUGUUGAGACGCUACCCAAAUUAAGGAGGCAAAGAUGAAGGACGUUGUGAUUGACCUGCAUGCGAGAGAGUCAAACAAAGGAUCCCGAAAUGGUGUGACGGACUAUCGUAAAUCCCAAGCGGCUGGUCUACCUGCGCGUUUUUUGUUUGAAUGCUCUAUCAAGCUCAAUCAGAAGCCCCUCACGUCGGCUAUGGCUGCCAUCAUUUUUCAUCGUUUCUACAAGGAGGUUGAAACCAACAAGACCAUCUAUGAUGAAUUUCUCAUUGCUGCCUCAGCUCUCUACCUGGCGGGAAAGUUGAAGGAUGAUCCCGUGAAGAUUCGGGAUGUUAUUAAUGUGACACACAACACACUAAAUCGUGGCACAGCUCCCCUGGAGCUCGAUGAUGAGUACUGGACCCUGAGGGAUGCCAUUGUACAAGCUGAACUUCUCAUAACGCGUAUGCUGAAGUUUGAUUUAUCUACGGUGCAUCCGCACAAGUACAUGCUGCACUACAUGAAAUCCCUCCAAGGAUGGCUGGGUAUGGCUAUGUGGAAUUCAACACCAAUUGCCAAGACAGCAGCUGCUUUCCUUCAGGACUUUCAUCAUAGUCCAGAUAUUCUCAACUACAAACCAUCCCACAUUGCUAUCUGUUGCCUUUCACUUGCCAUGCAAACUUACGGAAUUCAGGUGCCACUGACAAAUGAGAGUAAUGAAACUACUUACUGGUACAAUGCAUUUGUGAGUGAUCUCCCAAAGGUCCAGCAUUGGGAGUUGUGUGAUAAGAUUCUAAAGAUCUACGAGACAACACGCGGUGAUACAAAAUUCUACAAUAACUGACUGAGAGCCUCAAACAUUCCACCAAGCCUACAAAGCUGUAUUAGCGUCCAUGCUUCUUGAAAAAAAAAUCAUGGGACAAGUAAAAUUGCAAAUUUUCUCAUCUCAACCCUUCCUGCAGCAUUUUUAUUAACUAAAUAAAAUUGCAUUAAACAAACAA